UACCAAAAAAAAGCAAACAAUUCGUAUUUUUCAACCGCCUUUUAGUCUCUAUACAUAUUCUUAUAAAAUUUGUUCUUUAAUUUUUUGUUUGUUCGUUUUUAAUAAUAGUUGUAAAUUAGUUUUCAUUCCCAGUUAAUACCAACAAAUAUGUACAUUUCUAGCAAAACUUUUUUAUUAUUAGUGUUUUUCUUUCACACAUUUUCGUAUUCGUACGGAAAUGAUAAGGUUAGAUAUGCAGCUGUUAUAUAUAGACAUGGUGAUAGAACUCCAGUUGAAUGCUACCCCACAGACCCUUGGAGGAACGAAUCCCUGUGGCCGGUGAAAUUUGGACAAUUGACCAAUAUUGGUAAAAGACAACACUUUGCAUUAGGCCAAUGGCUUCGCCAACGUUAUUCACAUUUAUUGUCAACUGAAUUUGAACCUACUGAGCUGCAUGUCAGGUCUACAGAUGUUGAUCGUACUCUAAUGUCUGCACAAGCUAAUUUAGCAGGAAUGUAUCCGCCAAGUGGUAAUAGUAUAUGGGACAAUCAGCUUAUGUGGCAACCUAUACCAGUUCAUACAAAGCCUGUGUUUGAGGAUAACUUGCUAGCUAUGGAAAAACCCUGUACCACAUACACACAAGUUUUCAAUGAAUAUGUGAACUCAGAAAAGUACUUGACUCGGCUUAGUAAAUAUAAAAGUCUUAUGGAAUACUUAUCAUAUCAUACUGGUGAAAAUGUAACUGACUAUAAUGAUAUCAACAAUAUUUAUAAUACAUUGUACAUUGAAGAGCUAUACAAUUUCACUCUACCUAAUUGGACACAGAGCGUAUAUCCUGACAAGUUAUUGGAACCGGCCUGUUACAGUUUUACCUUAAAGACCGUUUUACCAAUACUUGCACGCUUGAAAGUUGGUCCGCUACUCAAACAUAUCAUUGAAGAAAUGAUCAAUAUAAUGAAGUUCGAAUUUUUGGGCAUAGAUGAGGUGGGACCGAGAGUAUCUAUUUUUAGCGGCCAUGAUGUGACAGUAGCUAAUUUUCUAAAUGCAUUAGGCAUGUUCGAUGGAAAAUGCCCUAUAUACACAUCCGCAGUAUUUAUGGAACUGUUGCAUGAAACGUCUGCUGAUAAGAUGAUCGAUCAAGAAUAUUUUAUAAGGAUCUCAUAUAGAAAUGUAACAGAGAUAGUGGAACCUCAUGUUUUAGAUAUACCGCACUGUGGGAAGAAAUGUCCUCUAGAAAAAUUUAUAAAGUUAUACAAACAUUUACAUUCUGUUGACUGGGACUAUGAAUGUGAACAUCAGCCACUAUCUGCAAUCCAUGUCUUUCCCCUAAUCGGUUUGGGAAUAAUUAUGUACUAUGCAGCAGUGAAAUGCAGGUCUAAGUUAACUUACUCAAAUUUGCAUACAAUCUCUAAAAACUAUGACCGAUGAUAACACUGUAUUAAGACUGUACCUAAAUACUGCCAAACACAACACGACUUUGAUGCUACGCGUCCUGUGCAUUAGCAGCGACGUACGAAAACGUCUAUUAUACGCACAGGUGUUGCAUUAUGGACGAUUUUGUUAAUUUAGUUAUAGUUUAAUUAAAUUUUUGACACAGCUUUAUUUGCUACUAUAUAAAUAGUAUACUAUAUAUAUAUAUAUAUAUAUAUAUAUAUAUAUAUAUAUAUAUAUAUAUAUAUAUUACAGAUUAUUUAAGUAAAUAAGUUUAUAAUUAAUAUUGUGUUAAAAUAUAUAUUUUACAAAUAAUGGAAUUCCAGGAUAAAUAAGUUUGAAUAAAUACUCAAUUAUUUAUUUCAAAUACACAAUGUAAUUUAUUUCAUAGUAUUAAUAUUACAGAGAAGUAUUACGACUGUCUAAUUUUAUUUGCUGUAUUGUUAAAUUUGUUUAUGUUUGUGAAUGACUAAAAUGAUAAUAUAUACCUGUAACGACAAAGACUAUAUAUUAGCAGAUUAUAUUUAGAGCGCCUUGUGUUGAUUGUAAAUAGUCUGAAAUUUGUUGUUAUAACAUAGUUAUAAUUAUAUAAUUAAAGAGAGACUUACCUACAUUAGACAUAUACAAUUUUAUAUUAUUGUUGAAAGUAUUGUAUGAAACGUUACAUAAAUAUUAUCAGUACGAAGUAAUAAAUAAAUAGUAUAAGUAAAUUAGAUAUUACGUUCACAUUCAUAUUUUUCAAAGAAAACCUAAUUGCAUCCUUUAGUGGAUAGUUCGAACUCAGAUUUUACAUAUAACCUAAUCGACGUAAAUGCGAUUGUAAACUCACACUAGAUACUCAGUUUGUUAAUUUGUAACAGUUUUAUUAAUACGUAUAUUAUAAUUUCACAAUUAUAUAACGUUGAUAUAAAAAAAGAACAGGAUGUACGAUCGGUAGAAUUAAAAGAGGAAUUCAAUUAAAUAAUAUAUAUGCCGCAGUUUGCUAGUAAAAACGGGUUAUAAUUUAUCCCUAAAGAUACUGUACAACAUUUGACGCAAUCCUGUCAAAUGUGCCGUAAUGCUUUUACAGUUUUUCUAAUAACAUAACAUCUAGACACUAUUUGACUCUGCUCAUAGCUUGUUCUAAGAAAAGUGUGUGUGUUUUUUUAUAUCAGUGGACUAUUGUAUGUAAUGCGUGUUUUAUUUUUUGAUGUUGACCUAGAUUAAAAUGUUAUUUGCAUAGUUCAUGUGCUCUGAUUACGGACAAAUUCAUUAAUUUUUAUUUUAAUUUUAUUAAUCACAACCAUUUGAAUUAACUAUUAUACGUAAGGUUAGUUGGAUCUAGAUAGAAUAUUGAAAGUAAAAAAUGUCUCAAUGAUGGCCAACAAAUUGUAAUUAUUUAACAGGGUAUACGAAAGUUUGAUAGUAAUAAUAAAUAUUAAAAAAAAAAAUAUAGUUUGUAGUAUCAUCAUCAUUACAGCCCUUAACUGUCCACUGCUGAAUAGGCCUUCCCUUCCCUAGUCCCCUUUUACGACACCCACGUGCAAGGAAGGGCCUAUCCUACGCCAGGACCACACAGCAAGUUUGUAGUAUAAAAUUUACAAUUAUAAAAUUAAUAUAAUUUUAUAAAUUAAAAAACGGGCCGUCGGCCUCUCUUGUCACUGCCAUGUAGACACAUUCUGCACUCAUCAGUAAACAGUACCGACCAAUGCGCAACGCUCCAACACCUCUCGUACACGUCUCAGUUCCUGCUGCACAUCAACACCCGUAAGGUGUCGAUUUCGCAGCGAGGUUGAGACAAUGAAGCGGUCGUCUCUGUCUGAAGUGCACCGUUAGCGGCUCGUUCUUGGUCUCCGAUUAAAGGCACCGGUCUUUUGGAACCGUUUGCAUACUCGGGAUACAGCAGACUGGCUCAAGUGAAGCUGGGCAGCGCCUGCUCGCUGGCUUAACCCUUGUUGUAACAAGGUAACAACUUGAACUUGUGCGGCUUCUUCUGGUGUGGUAUCCAUGAUUUCACGAAAACAAGGAAUGCAAUUUACUGAGAUGUGUACGGGUCAACUUGUGAUAAGCGACUGAUAACGUAAACCGGUAGUGGGCGGGUUUUAUAGCAGGCACAGGUAGCGCAACUCGUGGAUACCUUAUGGAGCAAAUUUUCCUUGACGCCCAAUUAAAAUGCGUCAUUAAAUCAGUGCUUAAGUUUUUUAGGGUAUUGAUGUUAAAUGAGAGCAUA